AUGACGGAAAGCACUUGGAGGGAUGGCUUUACAUCAGGACAAGUGGCAGCACUCUUGAGCGUCGUUGAUGGAUUGCUUCCACCCAUCAAGGCCCCGAAAGAAACAAAGGAUGCCGUCAUCAUAGAAUAUUGGCAAUAUCAAUUAUCCCAAGAUGAAGACUUUAUGGAAGUCAUUGCAACAGUCGUGUUGAAAAAACUCACCCCUACUCAGAGGUUGUUGAUGCUGGGGGUCCUGACUUGCCUCUCGAGCAUUCCAGGAACCAUACUGCUGGUUGGAUCAAUGGAUGGAAGAUCCUUUGUGGAAUGGCCAUUGGAAGAGCGUGUGUCGGGGCUGUUACGGAUGCAGCACUCGACAUUGCUCCAAAGAAGGCAAGCCUAUCAGUCACUCAAAAGGUUGGUUUUCAACUUGGCGUUCACUUACCAAAAGAAAAAUGGAAAAGAUAACCCUUUCUGCAAGGCUCUUGGGUACCAAACUCCCAGCUUGAAGACUCCCGCAAAGGAUUUGGUUAGUCCAGAUGUUCCUCUAUUGUGGGAUCUCAAGGUUGAUGAAAUGGAACAAGAAAAUGGCAAAUUAUCGAUCCACUGUGACAUUGUGGUUGUUGGCUCAGGUGCAGGGGGCGGUGUCGCUGCAAAGAUUCUUUCAGAGGCGGGGUAUGAUGUUGUGGUGUUGGAAAAGGGCCCUUACGUGUCCCCGGACAAGCUCUCGCUGUCGGAAGGAAAAGCAUUUGAUGAACUGUAUGACGGUCAUGGCCUCGUCACUAGCCUGGAUGGAAAUUUUGCGAUUAUCUCUGGAUCAACUCUUGGUGGUGGAACGGCAGUUAAUUGGAGUUGUUGCUUGCCUCUGCCGGCCUCUGUGCGGCAAGAAUGGGUGCAAAAGCACAAUCUCGGGCAGUUUUCGCCUCACGGAGAGUUUGACGAUGCCCUCAAGGCUGUUUAUGAAGCUAUGGAGGUAACCACUGAUCCUAAAGCUAUUCAACACAACAAAAACAAUCAAAAGUUCCAGGAGGGCUGUGACAGGAUGGGCUUUAAGUGGAAAUGCACAGGACAGAAUGUUGAUACGACGGAUGAAGCUUCUGGCAACCUCCCGUUUGGAGAUAGGUCUGGGCUCAAAAGAGAUGGAAGAGUUGUUUAUCUACAGGCAGCUGUCAAGAAUGGAACUCGUAUCCUGGACAGGUGCGAAGCUCUGAGCAUCAAUAAGGUGUACUCCUCCGAGACCAGAAGCUUCAAGGCCCGAGGUGUUCUUUGCAAGCGAGGUCAUCAGCUUAUCGAGGUGAAUGCUAGAAGGGCGGUCAUUGUAGCGGCUGGGUCGUUGUGGAGUCCAUGUCUUCUUCGACGAUCAGGAUUCAAGAACAAGCACAUCGGUCAACACCUGAGGCUUCACCCCGCAACUGGGGUUUCGGGCCGUCUUCCCGAGCCGGUGGAUUGUUUCAAAGGGGCGCCAAUGACGACUGUAUGCACAGAGUUUGAAGAUCUAAACAAUGGGUACGGAGCGAAGAUCGAAUGCCCUUGCCUUCACCCGGGGCUGGCCGCAAGUGCUGCUCAUUGUCCUGAUCCGUCACUGUUCAAACGAUACAUGCUCGACUAUCGCAAUGCAGUUUCGUUGAUAGUGCUACAAAGAGAUAGUAGCGAAGGUAAAGUCCUUUUGGGCUUUGAUGGAUUCCCUAUCGUGGACUACAAGCUGAAUGAAAACGACAAGAAGAGUAUGAUGGCAGCCAUGAAGGGGGGCGUUGAGAUACUACUUGCGUGUGGAGCAGAGGAGUGUGGGACAACGCAUAUCGGCGACUUAGGCAUUAAGGCAAACAAACUCAAACCGUUCGACAAAGCAGAUAACAACUCAACCUAUCGAGAAGGACUGGAGCAAAUCAGCAAACGAGGAUUGAAUGAGUGCGAGGCUACCAUGUUCUCCGCUCACCAAAUGGGCACCUGCCGAAUGAGCUCUUCUUCCGCGACCGGAGUGGUGGAUUGCAAUGGUGAAACUUGGGAAUGUGAUGAUCUCCUCGUGGUAGACGCCAGUGUGUUUCCAACUGCAACUGCCGUCAACCCAAUGAUGACCGUACUUGCAAUGUCAGAGAUGCUCUGUCAAAGAUUCGCUCAGAGACUCAAAAACGAGGAUCAACGGGAAGAGCUUGAAGCUGAGGUAAAGGCGAUGAGAGAGCAAAGACAGAGCAGAAGGCCGUCGUGGCUGCUGGUCCCGUCAGGCGCCGCCUCCUUGAUGGUUUCCCAAAGUUCCCUUCGUUUGCUUGUGCAAGCAUCGGCUCCUGUGGUGGCCCUCUUUUGGUUUUACUACCAACACAAGCCACUCCUUCUUACCGGAAUACAUGGGUCGAAGUAG